AUUGCGUCACUGUGUGUAUGUGUGUGCCUGUCUGUGUGACUCUGAGAGAGAGUUUAAAGCAGGUUGUCAGGCGGAGGCGUCCACAUUGUGGGGGACGUUAGGAGAAAUUACCAAGUAGAAACCAAGGAGCGAGAACGCGAAUGAGGCAACGGUAUAAUACGUGAAUAUAACAAGUGAGCAGACUUCGAGUACGACAGACAGCGGAGAGAGAGAGAGAGAGACAGAGCGAGCCGUGGGGGAUAGCCCUGGUGAGGGCGAGCCUGUUACAUCGAGUCGCGGAUCUAAACAUGAAUAAAAACCACCGAGUGCCGACCAACAGGUCUCUGAGCGCUGUGGAGGUGAAGAGCAAGUUUGGCGCAGAAUUCCGACGGUUUUCUCUGGACCGAUCGAAACCUGGGAAAUUUGACGAGUUCUAUGGAUUACUUCAACAUGUGCACAGAAUCCCUAACGUGGAGGUGUUGGUUGGAUAUGCAGACAUUCAUGGGGACUUACUACCUAUAAACAAUGAUGAUAAUUACCACAAAGCAAUAUCAACAGCCAUCCCUCUUCUUCGGAUAUUUUUACAGCGGAAAGAGGAGGCUGACUAUUCUGCGUUCGGCACAGACUCGUUGAAGAGGAAGAAGAAUGUCCUCGCCACUGUCCUCCGCGCCGACAACAACCGAAAGAAACCUCCCCUCCUGAUCAGCCUGCCACGCGACUUCCGCCCGGUCUCUUCCAUCAUCGACGUGGACAUACUCCCGGAGACUCACCGGCGGGUCCGACUCUACAAGCACGGCUCGGAAAAACCCCUCGGCUUCUACAUCCGGGACGGAUCCAGCGUCCGGGUCACCCCACAGGGACUGGAGAAAGUCCCAGGAAUAUUCAUCUCCCGCAUGGUGCCGGGAGGCCUGGCUGAUGGCACGGGCUUGUUAGCGGUCAAUGACGAAGUUCUGGAAGUGAAUGGGAUCGAGGUGUCGGGGAAGAGUCUCGACCAGGUCACAGAUAUGAUGAUCGCAAACAGCCACAACCUCAUUGUCACAGUGAAGCCUGCCAAUCAGAGGAACAACGUGGUCAGACACAGCCGGACUUCUGGCAGCUCGGGUCAGUCUUCAGACAGCAGCACAAGCCACUAUGGCUACACGGUGACCUCACAAAUUAUCCAGAACUUCCACCCCGAGGAGGCGGAGAGCGACGAGGACAACGACAUCAUCAUCGAGGGGAGUGGCAAGCCCCAGCAGAUCCCCAAAGCCUCCUCUGCCAGCGCCAGCUUGGGCUCUCUGACACAUUCUGAGCCCUAUUUCGGGUCCAAGCAGAAUGGCUUCUCAGCCCUCAGCAGCAGUGCAGGCUCGCUUACAGCAGCAGGAGAGAUUCAGGGUCGAGAGUCAGAAAGAAGGAGGAGUACAGAACGAGCGAAUGUAGAAGAGGAAGGAACGGUGAUCACACUAUAGACCACAGCCUGCACUUGAAGGUGCUGGAGGUGCCAUAUUAUUAGGCAGUGCCUCUGCAUUGAUCUGACAUACAGUGUGUAGCCACUUUUUUACAUUGUGGUUACUUGCGAUUGUGAAUGGAGGAGCAAGGGUAGUACUGGAUCUAUUAACAGUCGGCGCAUAAUAAUAUAUAUAUAUUUUUAAAAAUGGGUAUAAAAAGUCUUGCAAUCCAUAUCAAAUAGUUUUUUUGGGGCUUAUUCUAAUCUUAAACAUUCUUUAUAAAUGCAUUUUUGAAUAAACUGUGUAACUAUGAUUUGUUUCAUGGUAGUAAUCAAGCAACACAAAUGAUCCUAAGCUAAAAAUCAGGCUUUGGCUUUCCAUCUCUUAGGGUUGUAACGAGAAGCUGGAUGUGAUUUCCAAACAGAAUGGAUGAAAUGGAAAAAUAAUAAUGGCCAUUUUAAUUUAGUUCAGAACGUUUCCAAUGAUCUGAUACAACCUAUCCUGAACACCUAAUGCAUGUCAUGCUCAGAAUGUGCUGUGCAUUGUACUGUUAAUCAGCUUGGAAAGCAGAUUGUAAUGAUGUCUGCUGAUCAGUAUUCACACACUGUCCAACAAUUGAUCUUUUAAGAUCUCUUCAUGUUUGCUCUCAGAAUUGUUUGUUGAACAAAAAUGUUCUUAAAAAGAGCACAAGUGGUACAAUAAAGAGAAGAUCAAACAUGCAGGUUAAAAUACUUGCUACCUUUUUGAAGUUUCUUUUUUUCAUUACUAUUUAACAGAACAUACAGGAGCUACUUUUACAGUCAAUGUAUUUAGCCAAUGUAUAAGAUGACAAGACUGUCAUUAACCUACAUCUUCUCUUGUAGCUUACUGAUCAGAAAAUAAUUGGAUUUAGUAAAGUUACUGUAUGUAAUGGGAUAUUGAGAUUCCUUUCAACUUCUUUUAUUGAUGUUCUUGGAAGACAAUUAACCUUGUAAACAAUGCACAAAAGGUGAAUGAUGCUGUGUAUUCUGUAUGUAAGCUGUGAAUAGCAUUCACCAAGGACCAUGUAAAAAAAGACUAAACAUAAAUGCAAAAAUGCUAGGAGAAAAGCACAUCAGUUGGAAUUGGAUCUGAAAUGUUGUUUAACAUGGGUUACAGACUGUAUAGAACCAUGUGAUUAUACGCGUACACUUGGGGUGAUACAGUUUCAUUCCAAACAGUUUUGAAUGGGUUUAUUUGCAUGGGGUUUUAAUCAGAACGAGAUUGAAACGUGUGUUUGUUUCAUGGAAGUUUUUCAGGCAUGUCUAGCACAAAUUCUAAAGAAAAAAAGUAUUAAAAUGUAGCAGAGAUUUGCAUGUCAGGAAUCAGAAAUUAACCUUUGACAGCAAAGAGAUGUAUUAUUCUGCAGUUUGACAGCUUAGACACCCUCUGCAGGCUGCUAACAACACGGGACAGCAUACAAACAUGAUGUUAAUUACUUCCAUAUGAAAUACACCACUGAAUACUGUAGAGAUAUUUUUAUAGAAAGUUUUACAGAAUGAUCAAAUGUAUAAACCUUGUAGGUACUAGUGGUAGUUGCUUGCCCAUUACUGAAUACAACAGACCAUUGGGGUUGUACAGGAAACAAGCUGCAGUGACGGUACAGAAUAUCAUUGCUUUGUUUGUAUUAUCUCUUAUUAUCAGGACAUUAAGUUGAGUUUCAGAGGAGGGACAGACCCCAGCACACAACACACCAUCCUGUAAAUACAACCGAAUUGCCUUCCUUUCAUUGCAGGCACCACCCCCAUCCCCACACAGGGCUCUAUAGGUACGAUGUGUCAGUCUGGCUUUGAGAGUGUCGUUUGCUGUUGUAAGAUGCUGCUGGGGAGUGGGUGCUAUUCAGUUUUAUUUAAACACUGGUGUGUCUAAAUACAGCUGUGGUUUACAUUUAAAAAAUGAUCGCUUUUUGAUUUAGUAAAAAGAAAGGACCCUAUUUAAAUGAUCCAAACAGAUCUCCCACGGAUCAAGACCAGUUACAUCUCACUCACAAAUGUAUUAUUAUUAUUAUUAUUUAUUUCUUAGCAGACGCCCUUAUCCAGGGCGACUUACAACUGUCACAAGAUAUAACAUUAUACAGAUAUCACAUUAUUUUUACAUACAAUUACCCAUUUAUACAGUUGGUUUUUUUUUACUGAAGCAAUCUAGGUAAAGUACCUUGCUCAAGGGUACAGCAGCAGUGUCCCCCACUGGGGAUUGAACCCACAACCCUCCGGUCAAGAGUCCAGAGCCCUAACCAUUACUCCACACUGCAAAUGUAGUUCCUUUGUGUGGGAGUCUUCAUGGUACUGUUUGUGCUUCCCAGCAGUACUUGGGUUAACAUUUACCUGAAGGGCACUGUUGCUUUUAGGUUCAUUGUUAAACCUGGUCUUGCUGCAGCUGGUCCAGCUUCAUUAAUAUGAGAUGGAUCGAUGCUUCCAAAGACAGUGCUCAGUUCUGUUUCAAUCCCAUGCUUGCUAAGGUACACUCAAGUUCAGUGUUGAAUGAAUGAAAUGCUGUUUAGUAUUCAUGAAAUUGCUCCAUUUGUUGGUUAACAUCAGUCUAGAACAAUUUGUUAUAAAUAUCAUUUUAUUAAUAUGCUGAAAUGACAUUCUUUAAAUAACUUCUUGAAGCGCAGUGAAUAGGGCCCUGCAUAGAUAAUAUAUGGUCCCAUUCAAUGAAUUUGAAUUCAUAUUUUUUUCUCUGUACAUUAUCCUAUGAUUUGUUAUUGUGCCUCAUUUUAUUACAGUUUCAUCACUCCUUGAUAUUAAUAAAAUCAGCAGCAAUAACUACUGUAUCUAGACCAGUGUAAAAAUGACCACCAGAGUAAACAUGGGCUGGAUGUGCGCUGCCCCUAGUGGUCAUGGCUGUACUGGCCUCAUUACAGAAAUACAUUGGUGAUUCUAUUAAACAUCAAACACAGUAAUAUAUGAUGGAACAACAACUAGAAAUAAAUAAAUACAAAUUCAGAGAGUAUAAAGUAUUCCUGUACGACUCAAUCAUACAAGUUUUAUUUCCUGUUCCGUCUCAAUUUCUGAUUUGCCAAUGCAAAUAUACACUGAAAAUAUUUGUCACUAUAUCUAAAAAGUACAAGUUUUGCAAGAUGAUUAAAAAAAAAAAGAUGUUCUAUAUAAAUGCUGUACAUUUCCAUACUGUGAAUUAUAUUAUUUUAUCCCUGGAAGAAACGUAUGCUGUACUAUUGGAAAAUAGGCUUGUAUAGAAAAUGGGCUUUUUACUUUUAUGUUAAUAUUCUGUUAUUUUUAAAAAAAAAAUUAAAAAAUGCAAUGAUUUUACUUGCUAUAUGAUUCUGGGUAUAUACAUUUUUAAUGAAAGUAUCAGUAUUUUCUUAUUACUACUGUAUAAUUUAUAUGUCACUUAAUAAACCCUUUUUAAAUGAAAUAGAUGCACAUGUAUAACAGCAUCAUUUAUCAGCUGGUGAAAUAAAGUAAUAUGUAGAAUA